UCUCCGUAUAUAAUUCCCAAACACGGCCUUUCUGCGCUCUGUAUUCCCCCACCUUACUUUUUCCGUACCUUUCGAAUUUCCCCUCUCUUCUCUUCCAACAAUGAAUAAUUAUAAUAAUAAUAAUAAUAAUUAUAAUAAUUCUUCAUCUUCCCCUUCCACCUCCGAAUCUUCCUCCUCCGAUUCCUCUCUCUCCGGCAAGCCACGGCCGAGGGCUACGGCCGGCGGCCCAGAUAAAAUCAAGGGCCCAUGGAGCGCCGAAGAGGAUCGGAUCCUGACCCGACUCGUCGAGCGUUACGGCCCGAGGAAUUGGUCCUUGAUUAGCCGUUAUGUAAAGGGGCGGUCGGGGAAAUCGUGCCGGCUCCGGUGGUGCAAUCAGCUCUGCCCCGGCGUCGAGCACCGCCCCUUCUCUCCAGCCGAGGAUGACGCCAUCAUCGCCGCCCACGCCCGCUACGGAAACCGGUGGGCCACCAUUGCCCGCUUGCUGCCCGGUCGGACGGACAAUGCCGUCAAGAAUCACUGGAACUCCACGCUCAAGCGCCGAGUCAGAGAACAGAGGAGAUCGGCCGGAGAGUUCGCCGGCGGGAAUGACAACGCCGAUGUCGUCGGCGGUGGCUCGUCGGCGUCCGCUCCGUUCGGUGCAGUCGAUGAUGACCCGCUGACGGCGCUAACUCUGGCCACGCCGGGAAUUGGAUCCGGCAGUGACGUGGCUCCGGCGUCCGACCACCGGAGCGAAACUCUGCCGGCGGGAUUCUGGGAAAUGAUGAGGGACGUGAUAGCGAGGGAGGUUAGGGAGUACAUGACGACGACGUUUUCGGAAAAUUCGGGAUUUCAAUAAAAAUUUAGAGCCCUAAUUUUCCUAAUUUACUAUUGUAUAAUUUAUGGAUUUUAUGUUCCCAUUUGGAUUGAUGUCUCGUUAAUUCUAUUAAUUUUCGGGAUUAGGAAAAAAAAAGAUCCAAAUUCGUGGCGGCUCUUUUGGAAAAGUUGUGUGCGUCACAGCCUGUCACGAACGCCGAGGAAGCAAACGGUCACCGUUUAUUAUUCUUCGCCUUGCUUGAGUCUUAAAAUAGAAAAAAGAACAUUUUUUUUAA